AUGGAUACGUCAACUUCUAAUAUAAAGUCCGAUUUGGUCAAUCAAGAACCAACUAAUCAAAAGAAAGAAAAGGAAGAAGAAGAAAUCUCUCCUGAUGUUCAAGCUGCCAUUGAAAUGUUAAAGCAAAUGGAGAUAUCUAAAAAGGAAAACGAGUCUUUAGAAGAGUACAAGAAGUCUUUAUUAAGUAGUGAAUUGUUAUCUAAAUCUACUUUUGAAGAGAUAAGUAUUUCUGAAGUGAUUAUUAAAGCUUUAAGAGCCCAAGGAUUUAAAACUCCUAGUUCUAUUCAGGCCAAAUCAAUCCCAGAGAUAGCAACUGGUAAAGAUGUAGCUUUCCAAAGCCAUAGUGGAUCUGGGAAGACAAUUGCUUUUAUUGUUGGAGCUUUAAACAAAUUAGACUUAAGUGAUAAGAGUUCACAAGUAGUGAUUGUUGCUCCAACUCGAGAUUUAAGUAGGCAGAUCUAUGCCGUAUUAGAGACUUUUAAGCCUAUUGUUCAGUUUACUUCAUUUUUAGCCGUUGCAGGUCAGAUAGAUAGUAGUACUAAGGUAGAAGGACAAAUUAUUGUUGGUUCACCCGGUUCAACUAAAUCAGUCGUAUUACGUCAUAUUGAUCCUAAAAAGAUCAAGAUGGUUAUUCUUGAUGAAGCUGAUGCUAUGUUAGCUGAUGAGACUGGUCAAGUUAUUACGAUGAUGCUUAAUCGUAUUCCUCAGAAGCAACUAGUUCUCUUUAGUGCUACAUUUAGUGAGCAUAUGAAGAGUAUUAUUAACAAGCACUGUCGUAAUGGGAUUAAGACUUUCUAUUCAGAACGGGCUAAUGUUAAGCCAGAUAAUAUCACCCAGUUUUAUAUUGAGACGACUGAGAGUAAGAAGACUAGUACUUUAUUGGAACUUUUUGGGAUGGUCUCAUCGGGGCAGGUGAUUGUUUUUACGGCUAAACGAGAUCGGGCGGAAGAGAUUUGUCGUGAUCUUGGUGAAGAUGGUUUUGAUUCAACUGUUCUUCAUGGGCAAUUAAGUGUGGAACAACGAGAUAAGGCUAUUGCUGAGUUUAAAGAUGGAUCCAUUAAAGUUCUGAUUACAACUAAUGUACUUAGUCGUGGUAUUGAUGUUCCGCAACUUAAUUUAGCCAUUAAUUAUGAUGUACCCCGGACUAUGACUGGAUCUCCAGAUAUUGAAACUUACAUCCAUCGAAUAGGUCGGACAGGUCGGUUUAAUCGAGCCGGUGUUUCCGUUACGUUCAUUUCUGGUGAAAGAGAUCUUAAGGAUUUAGUGGCGAUUGAAAAGGCCGUUAAUGGCAAGAUUCAGUACAUCACGAUGGAUGCUAUGAAAGAAGCUAUUGCCCGUAAGGCCAAAGAAACUAUUUUGGAUACACCGACUGAAACAACUGCCAUACCUACGGCUGAUCCUACUGCCGACAAAUAA